CACAUCUUCUCUCCGGUGUCUCGGUGAGUGCCAGGCAGGGUGUCCCUGGAGUGACCUUGGGGGGGUAAUGAGCUCUUAAACACAAGUCAGGAAACCCAGAGUUUUAACACCCCACCCCAUUACCCUCCCCUCAACCCGUGCAAUACUAACAGCAAAGAAAAAAAAAAAAAAAAAAAGAGCCCACACAGCCAUCGUGAGCUCAGCCCACAAAGAGAAAUAGUAUUGGAGAGACAGGACAGCAGGGCAGAGGUGCAGAUAAAAAGAGUCUUGAGAAACUAUUGCUUUAAACCCUGACAUACAACUACCAGACCUCCAGAGCAAAAAUGACUGGACAGAAGCUGUGGACACAAGCAGCUGUGCUGGCGCUGCUGAUGCUAACGGUGAUGGCGGGCGAGGGCGGCAAAGCAGAAAAACAAGGGAAGAAGGAGCGGAAAUCGGACUGUGGAGAUUGGCAGUGGAGCGUGUGCGUCGCCAACGAGGGCGACUGCGGACUGGGCACCAGGGAAGGGACACGCACAGGUACUGACUGCAAGCAGACCAUCAAGACCCAACGCUGCAAGAUCCCCUGCAACUGGAAGAAGAAGUUUGGAGGGGAAUGCAAGUACCACUUCCAGGACUGGGGGGAGUGCGACCUGGCCACGGGGAAGAAGAACAGGACUGGGGUUCUGAAGCGAGCGCUCAUGGAUGCGACCUGCGCCCCCAGCGUCACGGCAACCAAGCCAUGCGGGAAGAUUCCCAAGACCAAGCUGCAAGAUGCAAAGAAGAUAAAGAAGGACGGGAAGAAGCGAGAGCGCGCCCCAAUGGACUGAUGAGAUCUGUUUUUAUUGUAAGCCAGCGAAAUGGGAGAAGACUGUGGAAAGAUGUCCGCGGCCCCGUUUCAACCUGGUUCCUGUUUAUCUGUACUGUAGGCAUUAGGACACAAUGUAGCUUGGAUGAAACCAGUAAACAUGAAUUUUAGAGGCAAUUAGUUCUAUUCUUUCCUUUUUUUUUUUUAGCGCCCAAUAAGGGACAUCUUGUAUAUUGCUGUAGUAGACAUAAUACAAUGCGUUAGGGAUGGAUAACGAGAUGAUUUGUUUCUAGUGUUUACACUUAAUUAUGUUAUCUCUCAGAAUGCUUUCUAAGGUACAAAUUGCCCAGGAUUUGUUACAUACCCCAACUCUAAUUUGGAGAAAGUUCUUUGGCCUGUGCUCUGACUUAAUGAGGCAGUUUGCUAAGAGGGAGUCCUCAAACAUUUCCACCUAAUUAAUGUGAGUUAAAAAAAAUAAAAUAAAAUAUUGCUUAUUCAUUGUUUAGCAAGCCUAAUUUGGCUGAAAGUUUUUCAGUCUAACUGUGGUAAAUGUUCAUCCACAAUUUUGUCUAACGGCUUCUUUAUAAGUGCACAAAAUGUCAUGUUUUGUGUCCUUUACCUCCUGUGUUGUACUUUAAUUUACACAUAAACGUUAACUGUCCUCGAUAUAUCACGGCUGCUUGAGGUUGCCAACUCCUUUGCUUCACGGUACCUUUUUGUUAUUAAAAAUGUUAAUAAAAUGUAGAAAACAUUGCUAAAAGCAA